AUGCGCCAGUUGAGAAUUCUCAACGAGUUGGUCAACCGAAGAGAUCCUGGUACUCAUGUGCAAGAUGCGUUGGAACAUUGCGAUAGCAAGGUUCAGCUGCUUCUUAGUAUUGUUCGAGAAUUCGAGCCAGACUUUACAAAGCACAGUGGCAGAGUUAGAUUAUGGAAAGCUUUCAAAGCCGCACGCAAGGAGAAGAAGUUGAAGAGGUUCCGCGACUCACUCCAAGAGACCAAGACUACUCUCUUGCUGGCAUUAUGUCGCAUUCAGAUGCCUCCAGCCUAUGUCGAGGAGGACCAGGUUCGAAACAAACCUGCGAAAGACAACAAAGACGACGAAAAGAAAUCGCAUGUUGUAGUAGAGGUAGAAGAAGUAUCGGACCCCGACCUCCCCCCAAUCUUCAAAGAUCAAGAUCUGACGCAGGAUGGAGACGAUGACGGUGCCGAGCUUCCAAAAUAUCGUCCUACUACCAAGCCCAACUUUCGCAAGAUGGCUACAGAUUUCCCAGAAGCCGAGCUUCAGGCCUCGCUAGGAAAUGCACUUCAACUAGCAGCGGAGAACUAUUUUCGAGGUGGAGCAUUUGAAAAAGCGAUGAGUGAGACGAUCCAUCGUGUUGCGACGAUACAGACUACUUACCAUUACGGCGGGAAAGACAAGACUCCCAACUCCGAGAACGAGGACACAGAUGCAGCUAUCAACCAUAAUUCAGAUACCAGCAGUCUCGAUCUUAUCCACUCAGGAUCUAAACGACGUGCAAGUCAAUCCCGGAUUUGCCAGAGGACGUCGGCUACUGGCGUUGUACUCGGAACCAUUUGGUUGAGAACUACGUCUGUCCAAGUGAACUCUCAUACGGGCAAGAGCGUCGACAUCGUUUCAUCCUUCACGUUCUCUCCAUCCUGGUGGUUGACCAAAGUCGGAGUGAAGUAUGGAGUGGAGGCAAAUCUCUUUGCUACUGCAACUGGGUGGCAAUUCAACUUCAAUCCGAUUCGAGCUGUGCCAGAUGACUCUCCAAUCUUCAAUGCUUGUCGAAAAGGAAAUCUUUCGACUGUGCGGUUCUUGUUAUCUGAGGGCGAUGCAUCGGUCAGGGAUACCAACUCGAAGGGGUGGACACCGCUGCAUUUCGCCUCGCUUGCAGAGUCAGAGACAAGUGUCGAUAUCUGCGAGUUCUUGAUAUCAGAAGGGGCAGAUAAAACAGCGCUCGUCUUUGAAGGACCAUCUGAGAACGCAUUGUCUCCUGUAACUAUCUUCACUGCCACCGGCAAGAAACGUCCGGCAGAAAUGAAGAUUAAGAUGCUCCGCUUAUUCGAAGACUGUAUCGACAUGUCCGAACCUGACUCGGAUGGGUGGACGAUAAUUGCUGAUCUCGUUAGCGCUUUCAACCUAGAAAAUGUUCCUCAGACGUCGAACAGCAUUACGUGGUUCCUACGCUCCUUGAAACCACAGUCAAUGGUUGCUUUCGGCCCCAAGACUCUUUGGCAUGGUCUUCAACACGCUGUUCGUUCCUUCAUCGAUAUGGAGCAAAAAUGGAUGGGUGUUAGGAAGCGACUCAACUCCAUUGUUGGCGGUGGCUUUCCGGAGUCGUAUGGUAUAACGAUUGCGUACUGGAUCGCACUCCUCGUUAUUGGCAAAAACCUCAUGCCGAUGUUGCUAAUUGCUGGUUCGAUGCUACACAUCGAAGGUUAUGAUUAUGAUCCAGACAGCGCUAUCGAUCCUAAUCUGCUUGCGAAGCAGUUGCCUUUCCUAUACGAGGCAUGGGCCAAAGCUUUGACAGACAGCAUUGAAACGAUGGAUGAGGUGUUGAAUUCUGAGUUCGACAUUACCUUAGAGGUGACCGGUUGGUCGGAAGAUAUCCUUCGAGGCUUGAAGUCUAGGUCUAGACAAUCGAAGAGCACAAAGGCUGAUAGCCAACACUGUUGCUCAGUCUGCCGCGACGAUUACAGUCUGCUUGGGCAUGGUCUUGUGGAGCCUAGGUGGAUCACCUUUAUUGAGUGUUUAGAGACAAAACACAGGAAUCACUGUUCUUGCCAAGAGCUGCUUGAAUAUUACAAGCGUUUGGGUUACCUCCGAAACGUUUCGGUUCCCGAAUCAGACAACACUGAUGACUCCGAUUCCGAAUGCGAAGUCUUUCAUGACGCGGAAUCUGAUCUCGGCGACAACAAGAAGGACAGCACUCCAGAAGAAAGUUCUUGGAUGGUUGAAUGCGAGCACCUCGUUCAAGUGAUGAAGGAUGGUAAUGGGAAGAAUCCUUUCCAAGAUGUCGCUGCUCAUCUCUAUCGUUGUCAUGCUCGAGUAUGGUUGGGGAGUUAUCAAGCUGGGGAAAUGUUUUGCGGGUCGUGCUUCUUGCAAAGCGAGGGAUAUAUUGAUGAACAAUUCAAGGAGGACUGGGAUCUUUCGUCGUCAAUGCCUGCGUCUUUUGUCAGUUGA